AUGAGUUUCUCAUUUGGCCAACCAGCAACUACUACCACAGCGCCUGCUUUUGGUACAAAUACUUUAUCAGGAGGAAAUUUAUUUGGCGGUGGUGAUUCCAAAACAUUUCAAAGUCCGUCAAAUACAGAUAACAAAAUUGGUUUCUUUAGUAGCCCAACAACAAGCGCACCAGCAUUUUCAAAUUUUGCCUUUGGAGCUAAAACAACUGCGGCAACACCGGGUUUUUUUGCCAGUCCAACUACAACUACUGCAAGUACAGCUUUUGGGACGUCCAAGCCGCUAUCAUUCGGUGGCUUUACGUCACCUCCUAAUCAAACUGUUGGCAGUCCUGGAUUUGGACAACAGCAACAACAACAAAAUGCUCCGCAAAAUCUAUCUUUUGGGCAGACAACAAUCACACAACAACAGGCACCUCCGGCCUUCGGAACUCCAUCAACUCAAGCACCUGCUUUCGGGUCACCAUCGAAUUCCAGCCUCUCAUUAACAAAGCCAACCAACCAGCAAACAACUUCAGGUUUCAGUUUCACACCAACAUCCGGAUUCUCCAUGCCCCAGCAACAAACUGCUACCACCACCGCCCAACCCGCCCAGUCGAGUUUCUCGUUAACACCAGUGACGACUUCUGCAAGCGGUUUCGGUCAGAGCACUCCUUCCUUCGGACAGAUGUUUGGUAAACAAUCCUUCAGCUUCGCGCCAACCACUUCGGCGACGGGGACGACAACCGCAACUACUACCAGUGCUGCACCAGCUUUCGGCUCAACGGCUGUACCGAGCUUCGGGCUCGGCCAACAGUCCGGCCUUAGUAUCGGGCAGGUGCAAACGGCGGCGGCGGCCACCACGGCUGCCCCCUUCCAGUUCAGCCAGGCGCCGACCUCAGCCAGUUUCACCAGCCAGCCGGCAGCCAGCCAGCAGCCGACCAGCCAGCAGCCGGCGAGCCAAGCGCAGCCGAAGCUGAGCUUCGCGCCAGCGCAGGCGACGUCCGCGAGCCAGCCGACUACACUCAUGUUCGGCGGCGGUGGACUGUCCAAACCGCCGGCCACGAGCGGCCUAAGCCUCACGAGCCAGGCCGGCCCGGCGCAGACCACCGCCCCGACCAGCGCCGCUUUCGGCGUUUCGACGACCACCAGCGGUGCUUUUGGCGUUCCGACGGCCACCAGCGGAGCGUUCGGCGUUUCGACGCCGGCCAGUGGAGCUUUCGGCGUUUCGACGACCACCAGCGGGGCUUUCGGCGUUUCGACGGCCACCAGCGGCGCUUUCGGCGCUUCGAAACCGGCCAGCGGAGCUUUCGGCAUUCCAACGGCGACUACCGCCGCCACGAGCCAGCCGGCGACCACUGGACUGGGACUCGCCACAACUAGCGCGGCGCUGUCGUUCAGCAAGCCGGCCGCCACCAGCGCUGCAGCUACUUCAGGCACGGCAACAUCGGCUCCCACGGGUAUUUUGUCAUUGGGAAAAUCCACUGCUACUUCUACCAUGCCAUCGCUGACCACUACAACAACCACCACUGCAUCCGCACCACCUCAGCCAAUCAGCUCAAUAACAUUCGGGCAAUUGGAAGAGAACAUUAACAAAUGGACACUUGAGUUGGAGGAGCAAGAGAAGAUAUUUAUCAAUCAGGCAACACAGAUCAAUGCUUGGGACAGACUGCUUAUUUCUAAUGGAGAGAUGAUUGUGGAGUUGAACGACACGAUACAAACGGUCAAAAACGAGCAGCAGAGCUUAGAACACGAGCUGGACUUCGUGCUGGCACAGCAAAAGGAACUGGAGGAGAUACUAACGCCGAUAGAGAAGCAAUUGCUCAACGAGACUGGCGAUAGGCUACGGGAUCCGGAGAGGGAACACAUGUAUUCUUUGGCUGAGAAUUUGGAUUCGCAGCUUAGACAAAUGUCUGAAGACCUGAAAGAAGUUAUUGAACAUCUCAAUGAGACAAACAGAAGUCAAGACACAAAUGAUCCAAUCGUCCAAAUCGGCCGUAUUCUAAAUGCGCACAUGUCGUCUAUGCAAUGGAUAGACAACUCUAUAGCGCAGAUAUCCACGAAACUGGACCAAUUGAAGGCGACUCACGACACUUUGAGGCGGGACAAUGAAAGGUCCUUCCAGCUCACAUACAAU